AUGAGUUCUCGCAAGCUUCACCCGAUUCGGUCGAGGCACACUCCUGGAUUCCGGUCCUAUGCGAUAGCGCAAAUCGUCGUGGAAUGCGAUGCCCACUAUCUUCAUGCGCCGCCGGAGCUCAUGGGGGUCCAGCGACUGUCUCUGUACAUCCGGCGCUCGCAAAAUCUCGCUCCAAUUUUCAGCUCCCUCAGGCAUCGCUGGCGGCCGCGCGGACUACACAAGCAACCCACCGGCGCGCGCAACUGGGCGCGCUCUGCGACAUUGCCGGUGGGCGAGGCCGCGCACCGGUACAACAACGGGGACCCGCGCUUCGCAAGCAUGCUCCCGUCAGUGUUCUUCGCCGUCUACGACAUCGGCUCCUGGAAAGCCUUCCUCUACCUCCAGUAUUGUUCGUCCGCUGCGUUGUUGAUUGGCCUCGGGAAGCUACCUUCAAGAGCCUAA